CCACCGCCACCAAAACUUGUCUCUCCCCGCCCAAACCACCACAACCUCCACCGACCUGGCUCACGAGUUGGAGUCCAAGGUCUUGCGAAGGAACUGCAGCGAUUAUUCUCGCAACAAUUCGUAGCGUGCUACCUGUUUUCAAACUAAAGCCAAGAAAAUCGCCGAAGUCCAAGGCUUGCUGCAGCUGGCAAGAGUCGUCCUGCGCUGCGGAGCCCCACAUUGCCAUAGGCUCUGACUGUCCUGUAUAGGCUCGCAGCCAAGACUACAAAAAUAUAGCGGGAGAAACAGGUUACCGCAAGGAAGAAGACCGCUGUUUCCUGACGUCUCGUGUCCCCGUCGUUGUCUCCAUCUCCAUCUCUUUUUCAUCUUUCUUCACAUCAACAUCAACUGUUAUCGCCCAUUAUCUUCGCUAAAAUCAAGUCGUCGCUGUGAGUUUCACGCGCCCGGACCUCACCGACGACGCAAGCCGGAAGGAAUCACAAGGGAACCAGGGCGUUCGGCCAUGUCGUCGACGCCCAACCAUGAACGAAAGCGUGCGGUCCAUGCAGCAGAAUAUUUGGCUGCUUACUCGUCCAUAUCUGAUCUUUCAACGACCACUGCCACCUCUUCCACCACUGUAACACCGACCGAAGCCACCACUGGUGCUGGUGCUGGUGCUGGUUCUUCGACUACUUGUCUCGAUCCCCGAGAGAUCACUACUGGCCCAUCCGCUGCUUCCUUGACCCCAGUUGAGCGGCAACCGGCCACCUCCGCUGCCAACUUUCACGCAAGUCCCAGAUUUGACCUUGCCUCUCCUCCAUCCCUUGGGCAUGGGAAUCUCGCCUCACAGCACAAUGAGUCAUGGAAAACCUCGUUUGCCGGGGAUGGGCCCGGGGAACCGUCCCUCCAUGACCGUGUGGUUGGUGGCGGGCUGCUACGAGAAUCGGUCUUUCCAGACUGGAGAGAUGGCAUGCCUGGCGGCGGGUAUGAGAAUACGGAAGAAUUGCAAAAGCAAGAUCCACUAGCGACUCAGAUAUGGAAGCUAUACAGCCGGACUAAAUCCCAAUUACCCAACCAGGAGCGCAUGGAAAACUUGACUUGGCGCAUGAUGGCGAUGAACCUGAAGAAGAAGAGAGAACGCGAAGAAGCUAACAUGCCUGAAAAAGCAAGCAGUUGGAAUAACUCGAGGUUGCCAGAAGAUGCCAAUCAAAUGUCAAAGUCUGGUGCUGGGCCCAGUGGUAUAGCCAGGCUUCGACAGUCAAUCGAUGGGAAUAACACUCCUCUUGAGUCUGACCCAAUGAAUAUUGACGACUUCAUUUUACCGGCGUCCAUAGAUUCCCCUUCCGGUUUGUCCCCGUCCUCGCCUAUUGAGACAGCUGGCUCAGGUCAUGCAGUGGCAUCGGCUAUCCCGAUUAAAUCACGAAAAGCCGAGCAAUCCCCCCCGCCGGACAAUUUUAUGCCAGCUUCGUUUCCCCACCCACCCCAACAUCAUCGACAGAAUGAUGAAUUUGGAUAUGUGCAGCGACGUGUUCGCAAGACUAGUAUUGACGAGAGAAAUGCGCGGAAACGACCGGCUGAAGCAUCUCCCCAAGUGCCUCCUGUUACAGGUCUCAUCAUACCGAAUGAACCAGAUUUCGAUACAAGCAUGACCGACUACAGUCUCGAUCAACCUCACUCCGCCUAUCCAGUUAACUACCACCUUCCUACAGGCAUCCCUUUCAACUUAGAAACAUUUCAGCCCCGUGACGAUUCGAUUCUUACCUCCGCAAGUCCUUUCCAGCAAAACUACCCAUUCUCCCCAUCAGACUCUCCAGUGGUGGCUAGUGGGCCUUUCCCAGGAGUUUAUUCCCACACUCCAAUGGGUUCGUCCCUCAACUCAACCGAUUUCUAUUCUCCACCACAAUCGGGAUAUCAAUCCACUGCUUCAACACCUCAACCAGGCUUUGAUAACGAAAAUAUGAUGUAUUUCGAGCAGAAUAACGUCGACGUGAGAUCAAACCGUUCAAUAGCCAACUUUCGCGGAUCCUCGACCUAUACCGGAUCGCAAUCCCGUCACAUAUAUCACUCAACUAAUGAGUCCACUUUUAGCGCAAUUAGAAGGGCUGGCCAAUCGAACCUUUCAUCGCCAGGCUUCCCGAUGCAGCACCAUCAUAUGGAUCCCAACCAAGUCCUAACGAGUGGUGAUUUCGCGUCUGGUCCAUCUCAACAGCCCCGAAACCUGAACAAUGUAAACAUGUUUACCUUUGGUGCAGAUUCUGAUAAUGACGAGGAGGAUGGGAAUCCCUUCCCCGACAGAUCCAUGGCGAUUCAGUCCGAUUAUGGUGUUGUUGACGAUUCCGCUAUUGGUCUACAUAAUUCGAGUUUACAGUGGGAGUCCCGUUUGGCUGAACAAUUUAACUCCGCGCCAAAUAGUUUUCAAGGCCAUAGAAAGCAUGUCACGAUCGGUGGAACAGAAAUUGCUAACUUCGGGCGAGACUGGGCCAAUGGAGGCUUAGGUCGCACCCAUGGCUCUGCAGCCUCUGUGAGUGAAAUCCGUAACCGAGACCAGGAUCCAAGAAGACAAAAGAUUCCUCGAACAAUUUCAACUCCCAACACCACUCAGCUCCUCCACCAAAGCACGAUCAAUCAGCCCCAUACAACUCCAAAUUCUCCGCCAAGAUCGGGAUUCAGUAGCGCAGCCCCUUCAAGGCCUGCAAGCCCUGGGGGCGCCAGGCAGAGUGAACCUUCUGCUGCACCCACCACUUGCACGAAUUGCUUCACACAGACCACCCCAUUAUGGCGUAGAAACCCUGAGGGCCAGCCGCUUUGUAAUGCUUGCGGCUUAUUCCUGAAGUUACAUGGUGUUGUCCGCCCACUGUCAUUGAAAACAGAUGUGAUCAAAAAACGCAACCGCGGAAGCGGUAAUAGCCUCCCAGUUGGCGUUGGGUCAGCGCGUUCCGCAAAAAAAGUAUCGCGGAAGAACUCCAUGCCGCAAACGCAGCCAGCAAUGGUCAUGUCUAAUAAAGGCCCCGGUUCGUCGGAACCCCCACUUUCUACUCCAACGUCGACUGGUGGCUCAACACCAGCAAGCGCUCCGACAAGUUAUUCAGGCCCGAUAAAGGGCAGUGUUGUGCCAAUUGCGGCGGCACCGCCAAAGCCAGCCCCAACCUCCCUAGCCAGCAGUCUUGCCCAAGUGCGAGCACCGGUCCAAGUUACGGGCAAGCGUACUCGCAGGUUCGAAAAGGCGCCUGUCGGAUUCCAAGGGUCGCAGGAAGCAGAAAUGCGUGAUGUUACAGACAACUCUAACAAGCCAUUUAUCCCGUUGACUCGACCGAAACCACUUGGCCCCCCUACGACCCAACCGCCAGCUGCGACCAAUCCAGCCCAUCACAGCCUUGCUGCUGGUGCUCGACAAGCCGGGAGCCAGGAAUGGGAAUGGCUUACCAUGAGUCUAUGAAAAGCCGCAUUUCAUGUUGAGGAAUCUCGAUCCCGCCAUCACGGAUCAUAAUAUUUUUAUUCACCGCUCGUUUUCCGGAACGAAUUUGAAUACUUCUCACAUGAGACUCUGAUUUCUGAGUUUCAUUGUUUUGGAUGGAGAGGCAUUUGUUGGCGGGUGGCCACUCUUUUCUGGGUUCGCUUUUCUGAGGAACGACUGUUCUUUUCGCCACGCCGUUGUUUCUCGCCAAUCUCUGUUCAAAAGUAAAUAUAGAUUUCAUUUCUUUUACAUUCGCUAGCGAUUUCGGAGGGAGGGCACUCUGCGUUCCCUAUAGAGGCAUUGGAGGGUCUCAGUUGUCACAAGGCAAGCAGUGACGUCCUUGUUGCAGCAGCCCUUCUCUCUACUCCGGGGACAUUUUCAUGGGCCUUUUUGCAACUGCUUCUGCACCGCUUCUCAUGGGAGGAUCUAUUUUCAGGCGUUAUUUAUUCCUAUCUACCACCCGUCGGGACGAGAUCAUCCAAUGUACAUUACAUGCAACGUAUACGACCCGCCUGUUUCAGUUCCAUCCCGUGCUCUUGACUGGUUGCGCCGUCCUUCGAUUGGGGUUCAAAUGUCCGGCUGGGAAAAAUUUGUUCAGGCUAUUCUACCCCGCCGUCCAACAAUCUCAGGAUGGGCACUUGAUUCAUCUCCAACUAACAUUUUGUGAUGUCUUUCAAGCUGUAUUCAGCUAUUAUUGAUUUUAUGAACUUUUUGUCUUUUUGUGUUUUUCAUUUUUUUUUUGCCCCCUAUUUCUAUUUUUCUCUUUUCCACUUUUUUUCUCUAAUCUCUUUCCGACUCCUCUUUUCCGUCAAGUCCUAUUUUGUCGUGGUUGGCUCAAUGUGAUUUGAUAUGACUGAUACCAUCGCGUCUGUUUCCCACUUGCCCAACCAACCAGCUUUUUUUUUCCUCUUCCCUUCUUCUACCAUAUUUCUGACUUAUGUUCCUCGUUUCCUUAAUGUUUUCAUGUUCUGCGUUUAUUUUGCUUUGUGGUUUUUGGUUGGGCAGUGCACAGAAGUGCGCAUCUCCAUUUUAUCUUCUAGUUUCCCGCUUUAAUCUCCCUUUUUUUUUUUUUUUUUUUUUUU